CCCGCCGCCCUCGGCCGCGCCUCGGCUCGGAGGCUCGCCUCGCAGCCGCAGCGGCCCCGCGAGGAGGAGGAGCCGCCGCCGCAGCAUCAAAGAGACCGAAUUCCCGCGGCCUGGGGGGGAGUCAUGCUUUGCGGUCUGUAAUGUCAGCAGAACAGGAGAAGGAUCCCAUUUCGCUGAAGAGAGUUCGAGGUGGUGAUAGUGGACUGGAUGGGUUAGGAGGACCAGGUGUACAACUAGGAAGUCCAGACAAGAAAAAACGCAAGACAAAUACACAGGGGCCUUCUUUUCCUCCAUUGUCUGAGUAUGCUCCACCACCGAAUCCAAACUCUGACCAUCUAGUGGCUGCUAAUCCAUUUGAUGACAACUAUAAUACUAUUUCCUAUAAACCACUGCCUUCAUCAAAUCCGUAUCUUGGCCCUGGUUAUCCUGGCUUUGGAGGCUAUAGCACAUUCAGAAUGCCACCUCACGUUCCUCCAAGAAUGUCUUCCCCAUACUGUGGUCCUUACUCACUCAGGAAUCAGCCACACCCAUUUCCGCAGAAUCCUUUGGGCAUGGGUUUUAAUCGACCUCAUGCUUUUAACUUUGGGCCACAUGAUAAUUCAAGCUUUGGAAAUCCAUCUUAUAAUAAUGCACUAAGUCAGAAUGUUAACAUGCCUAAUCAACAUUUUCGACAAAAUCCUGCUGAAAACUUCAAUCAGAUUCCUCCACAGAAUGCUAACCAAGUGUCUAACCCUGACUUGGCAUCUAACUUUGUCCCUGGAAAUAACUCAAAUUUUACUUCUCCGUUAGAAUCUAAUCAUUCUUUUAUUCCUCCCCCAAACACUUUCAGUCAAGCAAAAGCACCACCCCAAAAACAAGACUUUGGUCAAGGAGCAACCAAAAACACUAAUCAAAAUUCCUCUGCUCAUCCACCUCACUUAAAUAUGGAUGACACAGUGAAUCAGAGUAAUAUUGAAUUAAAAAAUGUUAAUCGAAACAAUGCAGUAAAUCAAGAGAAUAGCCGUUCGAGUACUGCAGAAGCUACAAAUAACAGCCAUGCAAAUGGGACACAGAAUAAGCCACGACAACCUAGAGCUGCCCCAGAUACAUGCAGCACUGAAAAAAGCAAUAAAUCCUCUCUCCACCCAAGCCGUCAUGGCCAUUCUUCUUCUGACCCCGUGUAUCCUUGUGGAAUUUGUACAAACGAAGUGAAUGAUGAUCAGGAUGCCAUCUUGUGUGAAGCCUCUUGUCAGAAGUGGUUUCAUCGGAUCUGCACUGGAAUGACUGAAACCGCUUAUGGUCUCCUGACUGCAGAGGCAUCAGCAGUAUGGGGCUGUGAUACCUGUAUGGCUGACAAGGAUGUCCAGUUGAUGCGUACUCGGGAAACUUUUGGUCCACCUGCAGUGGGCAGUGAUGCUUAAUCACCGGCAUUAACUAAAGGGUUUUUUUUUUUUUCCUGUGUCUUACAGAGGUUCAGUGACACAGGAUUUUAUGUUUUACAUUAUUUUUUUAAAUGCACACACAAAAAGAUUAUUUACCUUUUAGUUUUUAUUAAUAUUCUACUUCAUUAGCAGUGCAAAUUUUGUAUUGUCUUUACUAUCUUAAAUGAGAAUAAUGUAUAUGGGGGUGCUUUAGAAAGUACUAUACAAAUAAAUGUUAGUUGUUGUUAAUCAUAAAAAAGCCUCUUGAAGCUUCAAAAUGAUAUAUAGCAAAUAUAGGCAAGUUUUGACUUUUUAAAGUUAGAAUCAUUGAAAAAUGUACAUUGCAGAGCUGAACUUUGGCAAUAUUAUAUUAAAUGGUUCAAAAAAUUUUUCAAGGAUCUAUUUGACAUGUUUUCAGAAAAAACUGUGUAGUCAUAACAUGGAAGAAAGCAUACAUAUUAAUGGAUGUUUUAAAAAAUAAUAGAUAUGUUACCAGAUUUCUUCCCACUAGGGUCCUUGAAAUUAGUGACGUUCCUAUUCUCAAGUCAGUCUUUUCAAGAUAUCUGUUUGUACAGAUAUGAGACAGAUGUUAGCCUAUAGUAGAUGCUCAGUAUUUGUUGAUUAACUUGUGGAUUGUACCACAUGAAAUUGCUAAUAUAAUUAGAUCAGUUGAAAAAUGACUGCAGUUAGUAGAGUUGAAGUGAAGUAUGUUUCUAGUUGUGCUGUUUAGAAUUAUAAUAGUGUUAAGCUCUUCAUUGUUUCCUUUGAUUAUUGAGUUGUUUUGUUAUUGUUUUCCAGAGAAAUAGUAUCCUCGGAAGAAUUGCAAAUACUUCUUUUAAUAUGAUUUCAAGCCAGGACAUAACUGCAAAUGACAUAGGUGGAAACAUCAAGUUGGCCUUAGAAGGCUCAGCUGGUGAAAGAACUGCUCAGUGGUGGUUUGGAAAGUCUUGUUCUGGGGAUCUGGAUUCAAAGACAAGCCUCAGGGGAGAUCAGAAUCCAUUUUGAGCAAAGACCAAUUAAGAGCCAAGGUGAAAGCUAACUUACAAACGACAAUUUCAAGGCCUUGAAGUAGACAGGAGUUUCUAUUGUGACUGGGGAAAGUGUAAAGACGAACCCAAGAACAUCCUCCUGGGAGAUGAUCAGGAACGGAGACAGUCAGGUGUACUGUUAAGAUUCAAAACUUUUGGAAACCUAUUUUUAGAGCGGAUCAUGACCUGUGACCAGAAAACCCCCCCAAAAACCUACAAAAAACAACCCCCCCAACAAGAUACUGUAUGACAGUUGAUAGUAGUUCAUACAAUGGUUGGAUGUUGGUGAAGCUCCCAGACUUGCACCAUCAUUAUCAUUGUGACCAAAAAAGUUCUGAAGUCCACGUGGUGAUCUGCAAAGAAUUAAUCACUACUGUUUAAACCCUAUUGAAACAGCAGCAGCAGCAGCAUAUCACCAAGAAACUAAAAUUGUGUGUGAAAAUUUUGAUUAAAAAAAAUCCUUUGGUUAAUAAACAUGAGCCCACACUUUUACAUGACAGCACUUGAUGUCACAUGUCGCAAGCCACUAAAGCAAAGUUAAUUGAAUUGGGGUAUUAAAUUUUGUCAUGUCCAUUAUAGUCACCAGACCUUUACCCAGCGAACUACCAUCUUUUUCAUCAUUUGAAGCUUUUUUUAAGAAACAACAUGUUCUCCAAUUAAGAAGCAGUAAUUGGAGGGAUAUGAACAAUUUAUAUAGCUGAAGAAAUGACAAAUUUUAUAAAAAUAUUUAAUAUCCUACUAGAAGAAAAUUAUUAAUGCUCAUGAUGCAUAUUUUGAUUGAAUAAAACUUAUUUUUUUAAAUACAGUGUUUUAAUUUUGACCUACAAAAACAGCAAUUUCAUAUGGUACAAGGUAGUAGAAGGUUUUCUCCAUUUACCUGUGACUAGUUAGAGGUGAGUACAAAAUAUUUUCAAUAUAGUUGUAAAUUAUAUAUCUUUACAAUUUUAGGAAAUGAAGUGAUAUGAACUCUAAUACUAGGUACUCCUUGGUGUGACAACUUUACCAAUUGAAGCAGAUUAAAAUGCAGUAUUUUUGGUUGACUCUAACAUUUGAUGUGUUCAGUAGCAUACUUGAAUAUCCCAUUUUGCUUACUUUAUACUAGAAAUACACGAUUUUCUAAAUGUUUAAGGACCUAGUUAUGUUGUUCUUGAAAUCCUAGUGAGUGCUGAUUUUGAAGAAAUGAUGCGCUGCAUGCUGUAAGCCCAGUCCUAGCAUCAGAUCAUGGUUUUUAUGACAUAGUUUAGGUAGAUAUUGAGUAGAACCUUCCAGUGUCCUCAGGAGUUAACAUUUUACAUGGUAGGUACUUGAGUUGUACUUAGUGUUAAAAUUGAUUAUGCAAUUUCUUAAGCCAUCUGUUGCUUACAGUUUCAGUAGUUGUUUUGUGAAAGUGAAGUAACCUCUCCCAAGCUAGUCUAAAGGUACUUGAUUUGUAAUGUGAUUCUUUUCCAUUUCCAAAUAGUUGUUUUUAAAAACUUACAAGUGAAUUUUUAUUCAAGUAUUUAGAUCUUCAGAGCACCUUAUUUAAGUCUGUAAAUAUUCAAAGAAAAACCCGUGGUUGACUGACAGUGAGUCAUAGGCAAACUAUAAUCAUAGUUUGUGAAUAUUUUCAUGUAUUCAAAUUACUUUUCUUAACUAGUUCCACAUUUGUGUCUAUAUGACACUAAGUCAAAAAUUAGAUGGUUUUUGAUAGGAAAAGUGAUGAAGUAUAAGAAUGUCCAAUUUGACCCAAAGAAGGCUAUUAAUACAAAUUGAUACAGCUUUGUUAGGACAAGUGAUGAGCUGCCCUAAACAUUUUCAAAUAUCUAGUAUUGGAAAGAAAUGUACAUAGGUGGAAUAAUCUUCCAGUCGCGUUGCACCUUUUCUUGUGUAAUCCUUUUCCUUCACUGAAAGACCUCAUCCCACAUGCACACAUACACACAAAGACACACAACACACACACACACACACACACACACACACACAACUGAGCAGGAAAUCGUGGUUUCUCCUAUAUUCUCAAGUUUUGUCUAAGUUCAGACUGGCUAACUCUCAGCAGCUAGGCUCUCUCACAACAGCUAGGUUGCUGAUAGUUUUAAAGCAUCAGUUCCUUUCCCAGAACUUGCUUUAUUCAUUUCACGAGAGAAUUCCUAGUCUACUUACUUCUGGAUGCUACUGGAUUCAGUAAUGCUGAAACAAUUAAGCUUGUAAAAGAAAAAUUAUUCUUCAGAUAGAGUGCUUAGAAUUAGUUUUGUGAUCAGUGUUUUCCUUUGGUGUGAAAUACUUUUAGAGUACUGCUAACAUGAUUCUUGUUAUCCAAAUUAGAAGAUUAUGUACAUAAAGCAAGAUUUUCUUGCAGUAGGGCUUAUUCUUAGUAGAUUAACACAAGAUAAAGAUUUUUUUUUAAGACUUCCAAGUCUGGGGCUCCUGGGUGGCUCAGUCAUUAAGCUUCUGCCUUCGGCUCAGGUCAUGAUCCCAGGGUCCUGGAAUCAAGUCCCACAUCGGGCUCCCUGCUCAGCGGGAAGCCUGCUUCUCCCUCUCCCACUCCCCCUGCUUGUGUUCCUGCUCUCGCUGUGUCUCUCUCUGUCAAAUAAAUAAAAUCUUUAAAAAAAAGACUUCCAACUCUGCCUACUGGUAGGAAACAACCUCAGUAGUGUGGGUCACCAUGAAUUCUGCUGACUUCAAUCAUCUAAAUAAGUAUCAGGAGUCUUCAUCUAGUAUUCUUUCAAACUUGUUUGUCUUGAAAAUAUUAAAAGUGUUAGUGGUUGUUGUCCAGCAUACUAUAGUAAUUGUAUUUAAUAGUAAAAAAAGAUGUAAGUAAUGAUUUUUUUUAAGGGAGCUCUAAAGAAUUUUUGGGUUUUGUUUUUUAACAGUGUACAGAGGUUUCAUAUGCAUGAACAUUUGUGCUAUUUUAGAUUUUUUUUAAUUAAAAAGUUCAAUUAAGAGCAUCCAGGCUCCCAAAGGUCAUUUGUAAAUAGUGGUUUGGAACAUUAUAUAAAAUGAUUAGAUUGUUAGGAAAGCUCAUAAAGGCUUAUUUAAACCAUAAUGUAGUUAACCAAUAGUAUCAUGCUGAGCACUCAGUUUUCUUUCGGGAACCAAUCAAUGUAGGAGGUAGAAAUAGAGGUCUUUCCUUUUUCCUGAUGGGAUUCAGGAAAGUUAAGUUUCUUGGUGUUAGUGUUUCCUAGCUGUCCUCUUACCAUCCUAAACCCUCCGGUGGAAUACUAUGUAAGCCAACUUGCCUUUUCCCUUACUGGAUGCUCUAUGCUUCAAAAUUUUAUCUUUCCUCUAUUCAGAAUUCCCAUUUUUUCUGUGCUUAUGGCUGGCUAGAUUUUAAGGGAAAAAUGUUUUCCACCAAGAUGUGAAUGAAGAUAGUAAAGAAAGUGGGAUUAAACCUUAUUUUUUUUUAAGACUGCUUAUUAGUUCAGGAUGAAUUUUUAUCUAAUAAGAUUUCAGAAAAUAUGACCACAUUUCAGGCACUGUGGGAAGCAGUAUUUUUAUCAAAUUGAUGGAUGCCGUCUUGAGAGUAUUUCCCAAUUUCCUUUAGAUUGUUGGGACUUUUUACAGUUUUCUUUCCUCAACUUUUGAACUCAGAGGUUUCUUCUCAUUUCCAAAAUGAGUAACUUCCCCUAUUCUGUUUAUCCAAUAGAACAGUAUAGAAGUCACAUCUGCAUUUUUCUAACUCUUGGUACCGAGGUGGAAGUUUAGAGGUACUCCUGGAGUAGGGCUGGCAUUAACAUCUCCCAAGACAUACGGUCUAGGGGAAAUAAAAAGUGGCUAUCUCUAAGCCAGACAUGAGGACAUCAGAGGCUGCCUGUAUGUCUUUGAAAAUUUUUAAUGAAACCCAAUGGAUAAGCUUCAUCUUUGUCAGUUUGUCAAAAUACAUUACUUGCAAUUAUAUUAAAACUAAUUCUAAAGACUUGUACUUUUCUUGUUCUGUAGGUGAUAUAGAUGAUGUUGCUUGUUAGUUAAAAUAUCUUUUAUAAAAGAAAGUCCUGCUUCUUAUCAUGAUGUAUGUGACUUAAAUGACUGUUUCAUAUUAAAACUAUUUCUUCCUUAUGUACUGUUUACAUAUACCUCUUUUUGGGAUAUUAGUUCAGUACUUUUAUACAAAUCUGAGUGUGUUCCACAUUGGUGACAUGUAUUUUUGCAGUAAUUUUUUGUUUUGUUUUCUUAGAGCAUGUCUAAAGUAACACAUGCACUAGUGCUGUGGUCUGUGGCAAAAUUACUGUAAUUCAAAUUGGAAAAUAAAAUGUUUCCAGACUUUGUCCAACAUUUAUUCCUAUGGCAAAGGAAAUUACUAUGUAAUACUAAUUAUUUCUUAUGCUGGUAUGUUUAAGCUACUCUAUGAAGUAUGUGAAACAUCAAUAUUUAUGGAUUAGUAGAUGGCCUGAUGUUUUGAAAUGGGAGAGGGGUUAAAAUUUGGUGUUAGCAAUUCAUAAUACAAUAAAUACUUCUUAAAAAUUUUAUUUUCCUCUCACAGUUAUAACUUACCAAGGAAUUAGUAUCUUAAUUGAUUGUGCAUAUUAGGAUUUUUUUUAGCCCUUACCAUUACAAUUAUAUACUAGACUUUGAACCUACUCUGAUAUCUUCCAACCAAAAAAGAUACCAUUCACUUCACCAUAACCACAAUAAGUAGAAAUACUAAUCUUCAUUUAUUAAGAAGCUAUUAUAAUACCAUAAAAGUCCUCUAAUUUACUUAGAAUUUGUAAACAUUGAUACAAGGACUUGAGUGGUGUUUA